AUGGUAGAGCUACAUGAAACUAUGCGGACCGCGCAGCCUCUCGCGACGAGAAAAUACAGUCGGCAAUUGAGGAUCAGCGAGGAAACCUGGAUUAGAAGAAGAAAGCAGUCGACUCCUUCCAAGGAAAAUCUUGAUUAUCGGGACAAACAACUUCGAGGUAUAGCCAGUCAGUUCAGAUACGAGAGAAUUCCAGAACGGCUUUGGCUAAGGGAAGGCGUAUUUUUCCCCUUCUCGGAGCGCUCGUAUCCCGCGAAAUGGACAGAAGCCGACUGCGAGGCUUGGUUCAAUUAUCGCAUAUCUGUACUGCGAGGACAGUGCAACAAGGACAACGAUAUCAUUCUCAACGCCGAUAUCCUUAUGCAAGUAGCUCUGCGAAGGCUUCUCGGUAUGGCACAGGAGAUCAAAGGGGAACCGGACCCUGACCACCCGGGAGAAAACCUCUGGGCGGUAAGGGGCCGGGUGGGUCUCGAACUCUGGCCAUACGAUUGUACACCAUGUACUGCAUCGAUCGCCCAUAAGAUUCAUGGCCAGGAGAUGACGACGGGAUACUGGCAAGGUGAUGAAUAUCCUGAUUGGAGGACGUGGGAUGCGGAAAGAUGCAACAUCUUGUUCGAGUCCUGGUGUUGGAAUUGCGAAAAGUUCAAUUUUCCAGCGGAACUUGAAGACGAGAAGAUUGAACGUCAUCUCAGCCUUCCUGAGGGGGCGGAUUCGCAGAUUAACGAGAUCUGGGAAAUACGAUCUCCUGCCGAUGUGCGCUCUGAUCCAGCUUUUCAGACUACUUGCAGCUUUGAUGUAAAGGAUAAGGUGACAGAAGAAAAUGUAGCUGUAGCGUUAACAUUUCUGGGUUGCGAUGUCGGGUCUACGAUUCCGGAUGGGAUUGAGGCGGUGUGGCGUCUACUGGACGUUGAGGGAGGCAGUCGUGGAAAGCUGGAGGAGUAUUUGCUGUCUGCCGUCUGA